ACGCUAUUCUGGCACGUCUCCACAAUGCGCCGCCACCAAGUCGAAUAAUCCAAGUGCAAAUCAAAGAGAAGAAAGACGGCCUUUUAGGUAAGUGGAAGAGUUGGAAUGAUUUCAGGAGAUUGCCGAAGUGCAGUCUCCAAACAGCACUUACCCGUUACCUGGACAUAACCACGCCCCCUAUGCAGUCAUUUCUGAAAUUACUGGCCACCGUGGCAUCAAAGAUCACCCACCGUCAACAACUGAUACAGCUUUCUGAAGUGACCGAGCUCUAUGAAACGUGGAAGUCUGUCCAGACUCCAAACCUGCUGGAAGUCCUCGAAGAGUUCCCCUCAUUGAAGGUUCCGCCAUCGCUGAUUAUGGUCGAACUCCCACUGUUGAAGUUGCGCUACUACAGCAUCAGUUCAUCCCCUCUCGUUACCCCAGACCAGAUCCACGCAACAAUCACUGUAGUUCGAUACAGGACACAAGAUGGUGCUGGACCUAUCCACGAUGGUGUGUGUUCUACUUGGUUAAACUGCUGUGAUAUAGGAGAAAUUGUGCCAUGCAUUGUGAGACCAUACGCAGACUUCAGAAUGCCCGAUGAUAUGACACUGCCAGUUGUGAUGGUUGGUACAGGAAGUGGCAUAGCACCGUUUAAGAGUUUCUGGCAGCAUAGAAAAAUUGACAAAGAGAUGCACAUUGCAGAUGGAAAUGAGUCAUGGGGAACAUUAAAGUUAUAUUUUGGUUGUCGAAAACCAAAAGAAAACUUUUUGUAUGAAACAGAAUUACAACAGAUGAAAACAGAAGGAAUUCUUGAUGACUAUUACGUUGCUUUUUCUAGAGAGGAAGGAAAACAAAAGGUGUAUGUUCAGGAUCUACUGUUGAAAAAUGAAGCAGAUGUAUUCAAUGAUAUCUUUAUGAAAGAGGGACAUUUUUACGUUUGCGGAAAUGUAAAAAUGGCUUCUGAUGUCAUAGGAACUUUAGAGAAAAUUCUACAGGAACAGGGUAGUUUGUCAGCUGACAGUGCGAAUGAAUACAUCAUCAAACUGCAGUAUACCAAGCGACUACACAAAGACAUUUUCGGGAUCCAAGAUCAGCAAGUUGAGCACGUAGAUGACCAUGCCGACAGGAUGAAAAAUAAGCCCUGCGAGACGCUAUCAGUUCCAUUUGUAACAAACACAUUCUGCUGCAGGGGUAGACCCUCGGUGUGGGUAGCAGGAUGCACCCAACAGAGAGUGGAGAAAUCCACGAUGUGCUCUAUGAUUUGAACUGACUGUGGCUCAUACAAUACGACGUGCUCUAUGAUUUGAACUGACUGUGGCUCAUACAGUACGAUUUGCUCUAUGCUUUGAACUGACUGUGGCUCAUACAGUACGACGUGCUCUAUGAUUUGAACUGACUGUGGCUCAUACAGUACGACGUGCUCUAUGAUUUGAACUGACUGUGGCGCAUACAGUCGUUACCAGUUACGAGUCGUUACGAGUCGUGUAUGUCGUCGGACAAAGUGUCUUGACCUGUCAUCAGUUUAUUAUGUUUACUACCGCAUCUAUUUUCAUUCUCGACAAAAACUACGUAAACCACUCUGUACACUAUUAUCCGUGUUCUUUUAAUCUAAGUUAAGUUUUAUAUUUAAUUUCAUAGUCACAUAACCGUUAACUGUCUGAAAUCUAGUGGAAUCUCCAAGCUCAUAUUUACAAAAUCCAACACCACUUGGUGUGGUAAGUGGCCGUUAUUUCAUUUAAAGUAAUACUUUUGCUGCGGAGCUAAAGGCUAAUUUAAAAUUGUUGACUAAUUAAAAACCUUAAAAUCUUAACUGUUAUAUAAUAUACUUCCAUAAUCGUUCUGCAGAUUGCAUACAACCAGUCUCUUUCUUUUACAUUUAUUUUAUGUGGAAAUAUUUUAUUUAUUGUUUUUAAUAUAUUACAUUGAUAUAUUUUAUAUGAAAUUCGUGUUUUGUUGGCUAUGCAUAAUAUGGUGAAGUACAAUGCUGAAUAUUGGCAUAUGUUGACCAUCUAAAUUCUAAUUUAGGACCCUUCAAAUAAAUAUCUACAAACUACUUUAUCAAACCACGUAGUCUGAUCCUCGCUUCUUUCUCUCUUUUUUUUUUACAUUUGAAUUUUCCUUCUAAAAUGCUCCAAAUUUUAUAACUGUUCGGCCAAGCAGUAAAUUCUUGUUUUAUUAUGGCCUGUUAACAUUUUAUCUUGGCUGUCUUUUUUACUUUGUACUAUUCCCAAUUGUCCAAAGUCUGCCUUUUAUGCCCCUUCCCUUUUUUGUUUUGGUUACCCACAACGAAUGUGUUUAAACCUUAAUUUGAUGUAAGCAUGUUAAAUCAAUCCUACCUACCUACUUUAACAACAUUUUAUUAGCAGUUAAAACAUCUGCACGCAUGUACCUUGGUACCUCGGUGCGUGGGUUACGGGACGCUUCGUACCUGAUUUGUUUCGUACCCUGGUCAAGUUUCCUAUCAAGGCUCUUUCUGCGUCUCUCUGUGUCUCUCACUGAAUAUUAUUGUGUACUCCAGGCGUAAGUCACUACUGACGCAAAAAAUCCCUUAGGUUUUGUACGCAGUUGCGACUUUCGCGUAGAGGAAACACAUCACCAUUUGUCGUGUCGUUACUUGAUGUAGCAUCUUAAUAUAGUCCGGUUUAGGAAAUACUUCCUCAUCAAUAAAUACUACAUAAUUCUGACAGGCCGUUUGAAAUCUAUGAUGUUUGUCAUUAGUAGCAAGGGAUGUUUCAAAUGCACCAUUCCACAGACAGGAUAACGCAUACCACGGCCUUUGAUAUAGUAGUGAUGGUACACUGGCUGGAACGGAAAAUAGCAUAAUGGGCUCACUGACUGUGAUCGUUACCAGAUCUACCACGCAUCUUCUGACACCUAUGAUAAUACCUAUUACAAAGCUGACAUAUCACACACACACACACACACACGCACGCACACGCACACGCAUACACAUACACACAUACAC